CAGCUGAUGCGGUGACACUCACAGCGCUGCGGGACGGAGGCUGAGCGCGGCACCGACGUGAGGAUGAGGAUGGAUUAUAACUGAUGAAAAGAGCUAGACGGGGCAAUGAUGGGCUGUUCAUCACAACAUGUAUGUUCGUGACAGCGGGACUGAUUUAUCCAUCGCUCAUGUUUAUUCACGCGGGCUGAUGAAGUUCACCUGGAUGCUGCGGCGGCGCGCGAGACGGAUCGUUCACUCAUUAGUGCGCGAGAAACUGAACCUCAAGGACAAACUCACUGACAAUGUGAACAUAAUGACUUUUCCAGCGUUAAAAAUCAUUUAUUUCCCCGCAACAUGCCAACAGUACUCUGAGCCGAUGGGUUUAACCUGUUUGUUUUAAUUUAAAACCAGCUGUGAUGACGUUUGAUGACGAACCGUUUUAACGGUCCGCCGAUGACGGAAAGUUGACGAAUAUUGUUUUUCUUUUCUUUUGUUUUCUUUUAUGGUUGAACGUAAAUAAGAGUUACUGAGGCGACGCUGCGACGCGUCGUUCAGCGUUUGAGAGCGAGAGCGAUAUUGUGAGGGACAGCGCGUCGCGUGCGUUAUUCUGAGGGUUGAUGUUCUGCUGGUCGCUCGUGCUGCUUGUGAUGGGCUGUAUUCAGAGUAUCAGAUGCAAACCCAAGAGUUUCCGCGACAGCGUCAUGGUUCUGGAGCUCAACUCCUCCAUCGACUCGAACCCCACCAGCAUCGACGAGUCCUCCAGCGUGGUGCUGCGCUACCGCACGCCGCAUUUCCGCGCGUCCGCCCGGGUCGUCGUGCCGCCGGUGGCCGGUAAAGAGAGCUGGACGGUCGGCUGGAUCCAGGCGUGCAACCACAUGGAGUUCUACAACAAAUACGGAUCGAAAGGGAUGUCCAGCUGGGAGCUUCCGGAUCUCAGAGACGGAAAAAUCCAAGCCAUCAGCGACUCGGACGGUGUCAACUACCCGUGGUAUGGCAACACCACCGAGACAUGCACCAUUGUGGGUCCCACCAAGAAGGACACCAAGUUCACCGUCAGCAUGAACGAUAACUUCUACCCCAGCGUGACGUGGGGCGUCCCGGUGAGCGACAGCAACGUUCCCAUGCUCAGCAGCAUCUGGAGGGACCAGAGCUUCACCACGUGGCUGGUGGCAAUAAACCAGGCGUCGGGUGAGAUCCUGGUGCUGCAGACGGUGCGCUGGCGCAUGCGUCUGCACAUCGAGGUGGAUCCGGACAAGCCGCUGGGACAAAGAGCCAAGCUGCGCGAGCCGAUCGCGCAAGAGCAGCCGCAGGUGCUGGGCAAGAACGAAGCCAUCCCGCCCAACGCCAUGGUCAAACCCAACGCCAAUGACGCGCAGGUACUGAUGUGGCGGCCGAAAGCGGGCGAGCCGGUGGUGGUCAUCCCUCCCAAACACUGAGACUGGGACGAGCUUCUACCUGCAAAACGGGUCGGGAAUCACUGUGCUAAACGCCACUGCAAAAUAUAAAGGCUUUUUUGUGUGGGAAUAUUGCUUGACGAAAUGCGAUGUCUCUGACGAAUGGAAAGAGGGUCCGUCUCAAUCAGCACCCUAGUUGACUGAUCAGGGUGGUCGUCUCAAUCGCAAAUCCUUCCAGUGCACUGAAACUUUUGUUUCCUAAAAAGUCCCACAAUGCACUUCAAAACAUCUCCAGUUACCUAAUGUAACCUCGGUUCCCUGAGAGGAGGGAACGAGACACUGCGUUAUCGAAGAUAUCGCUAUGAGGAAGGAGGGAAUUACCCCAAUAGAGUCAUCUUCGACGAUCCAACGAAAGGGAACCAUGUUCCAUUAAUGGAAAUUCUGAAGCAUGAAACAUAAAUUGCUCAAAUCAACUCAAUACUAUGGAGCCCCUAAAGGGACAUGGUGAUAGAAAAAAUAUGAGAUGGAAGGAAAAGAUAUACAUCAAUGCUUUUGCGUUCUCUUGCAAAUCUUUUGCGUUUCCCAGAACAACUUUACAUUCACUUCCAAAACCUGUGCGUUAUUUCAUAAAACUUUUGCGUUCGCCCGAGAAACUUUGCAUUCACUCGCAAAACUUUUCCCAGAGAAAUUUUGCGUUCACUUCCAAAACCUUUGCAUUCCCGCAAGAAAUUUUCCAUUCGCUUGCAAAAGCUGUUCUCUAGUAAAACGUUCACCUGAGACUCUUUAGCCUCGCUCAAAUCAGAUUAUUUGCGUAUCCGAUUGGAAUCUAUUCUAAAAAUUUUGUGUAUCGCAAGUGUUCAGAUCUGCUUUUUUGUUUUCCGGAAUAUCUGCAUUGGUUUCUAUGGCAAUGACGUUGCGUUCGUAGGUAUACGCCAAAAACAACAACAACAACCACAGCAUGGAGGGGUUUGCAAUACAGAUGUUAUCUUAUUUACAUCAUGACAAUGUGUAGCCGCCGGCGCUGGAUGACUGCGUUAUGAUAAGGCAACGGCAGAAACAUGGUAGGAUGGUAUGAGCGACUUUAUUCCGUCCUGUCGUCUCCGCCGGUCGCAAAACAUGUCUCAGUUAUAGCCUAUUGCUAAUUUCUGCUCGUCCGGCACAUUGCAACAACACAGCAUUGUUUCUGCAGCGACUUUCAGCAUGUUUCCGUUGCAUGAGUCACAUAAACCACGUGAAAUCCAAUCGGAACAGUCAGACUGAAACUGAUUUCCAGAAAUGCGAUUUGAAUAGGAUUCCAAACCACAUAUGAAUGUAGCUCGAAAUGCAUUUCAUGAGGUAUUUGGCCAUUCAGACUUGCUAAAUCUGAUCGGAUAUGCACAAAAAUCGGAUUUGGACUGACAGUCUGAACAAGGCUUUUGUGUUUUGAGAAACUGCGUUCGCUUCCAAAAUUUCUUGCGGGAACACAAAGGUCUUGCGUUCGCUUCCAAAACUUUUACAUUUCUCAGAGUAACUUUGCGUUCACUUCCAAAACCUUUGCGUUCCCGUGAGAAACUUUGCAUUCGCUCGCAAAUAACUCAAAAGUUUUGUCAGUGAAAGCAAAAGCAUUGACAUAUAGUUUUUCUGCCCAUCUCAUAGGGGACAUGUAUUUUUUUUAAACAUCUUAUUUUAGUAAAGUUCAGUCAGCUUUAUUUAUAUAGCGCUAUACAAUACAGAUUGUUUGAAAGCAGCUUUAGAGUGAUAAACACAGACGGGCAGUGAACAUGAUCUAGCUACUAUUUAUAAUUAAUUUACAGCUGAAAAGUGUAAAAGGGAAAGUACUUUGAGUAGCAGUACAAAAAAUAAUGUCAGAAAGAUAUCUGUGCUGCUGUUGUUCAUAAAUUGACGUUGUCAGUCAUCAGUGUGUAGUGAUUGACUGCCUAGGGAGCUGGAGAGCUGAUUGAGACGCACCCAGACUGUUCAAUUCACGCUGCCUUAAGUUUACAUUGCUUUCACUGCAAACUUUCGCCUUAAAUCAAGUGCAAUGCAGUAAACCUCGCACAUCCUACCUGUCAGAUGGUAGAAUUUGCACUGAUCGUGUCCCAGUUAGUCCUCGGUCUGAGGGGACGGCAAUGAACCAAACCAGGACACCAGACCGGAGCGGGACGCCGUUAUUAUGCAUUCAGUGUUUUCAACAGGAGCUUCAGUGUUUUUGUUCCCCGUCGACCAGCCACUGAUGCACUUCUGCUGUGUUUUACAAGAGCGGAGAGUCCAAAAAUAUAUAUUUUCUACUACAUGUGAGUUGUCAAGAUGUCAAGACAUCGUGGCCAAUCAAUAGAGUUAUUACGAACGAACGCGCAAACAAUCAGUUCUCCUGGCGUUUGAACGAC